ACGUUACGAAAACACAUGAGCCCCCAUUUACCCGAACCACACCCAAUUGCCAGACUGUCAACGGCUAGAUUCCAUCGCCCACAGAAUUUAUUCCUUACUAUUCUACAAAAACGGACGGUCCAGAUCAUCUAUGCAUGCCCCAAAAACACUAAUCGAUCACUCACCACAACACGCAAACACUAUCCCCAAUCCUUUUCCAUAGCUCAACGUGGAAAACGGAACGGCGCGGUCACUCAACUCAAACGGUGGUUUCCGCGGCGGUCUACGGUGCUUCUUAGUUCUCCGAUCAGUGAAAAAGACUCCACGAUUCUACUGCCGUCUUCUGCUGUUUUGAAUUUUACCUGCAUUGUCGUCUUCUACUGUUCGGUUGGUCAUCUUGGUGAAGCUUAUGAAGAGUGGGUUCAUCAGCCCAUUGUUAGCAAGGAAGGCCCCCGUUUCUUUCAAAAUGAGGUUUUGGAGUUCUUGACCCUCACAGUCUGGUGGGCAAUACCAGUCAUUUGGCUUCCAGUUGUAUGUUGGUUUGUAUAUAACUCUGUACAAAUGGGCCUCAGCUGUCCUCAUAUAGCUCUGAUGGUGGUUCUUGGCAUUCUUGUGUGGACAUUGCUUGAGUACACAUUGCACCGUUUUCUUUUCCACAUUAAAACAAAGACCUACUGGGGAAAUACCUUGCAUUAUCUUCUACAUGGCUGCCACCACAAACACCCCAUGGAUGGUUUGAGACUUGUUUUCCCCCCUGCUGCAACAGCUAUAUUAUUGUUCCCGUUCUGGAACACGGUGAAGCUCUUUUCCACCCCUUCAACUGCUCCUGCUUUAUUUGGAGGCGGCUUAUUGGGGUAUGUAAUAUACGAUUGCACCCAUUAUUACUUGCACCAUGGUCAGCCAAGGACUGAAGUUCCCCGUAAUCUCAAGAAGUACCACUUGAACCAUCACUUCCGAAUCCAGGACAAAGGCUUUGGGAUCACUUCAAAACUAUGGGAUAAAGUUUUUGGAACACUUCCUUCAUCAAAAGCGGAUGCGAAAAGUAUGUAAAUUUACUGUUAGGAAUAGCAUAAGUUGGUUGGUUAAAAUAAUAGAAAAUUCAGGAAUUCCUGUUUUAUUUGUCUAAUCAUUUAUUCUUCUCCCUGAUUAAAGUUUGUGUGGGGUUAGCUUGCAAUUUUUCGACAAUUUUAUAGGGCCAAAGUUCUCCAAUGUGAACACUGUAAAAAUUGAUACAUUUUAUGAGGUUUAUGGUGGAAAUCUUAUCUA